AUUAACUCCCUGACGGCCACGACCGGCGCCUUGCCCCAUUUUUCUGGGACUACUCCACGUGCGAUCAUGUUCUUAACGCCUUUGCUGAUUCUUGUCUCGGCUGUAAAAGUUCAAGGGUUAUGUGGGGACAGUAUACGCUGGUCCCACCAUUUCAACAUGGAUGACGUCUACGGACUCUGGUACGGGGUUGGGUACGCUCAGCACACACCUGACAUGACUAACCAGCCCAAUGAGAUCGGCUGCGUCACCUUAUACAUAACAGAUGUUACGACAGAAUCUCAAAAUGACUGGCUCGACUGGUCGAUAAUAAGAAGGAAUUACACGGACCAGAAUUGGAAAUCCUACAAAAGUAAUCCUUGGUCUGGUACCUCCAUGUCCGGGUCCUGGAUGGAUAUAAGAAUAAAAAGGAAGAUGAAAAGAAAUAUAUAUGACGAGAAACGCGUGAGGGUGAUGUGGGAUGAAGACGGUCAGACUAUAGAACAAACAUACAAUUAUUCGCCAGACGCACCAGGACUUUGGACGGUUGAGCAGAGGACUGCUUUGGAAAAGGAAAUGAUUGCUAGAGGAAUAGAUUUAUGGUACCCAAACGAACCGCCCAAACAUCCGCAAGCUGUUCGAAUUUUGAAAGUAACUCCACAGAUGCUGAUCAUUAAUCAUUGCUCCGAGAUAGGUGAUGGUGGAAUUUUCUCUUUGGUCUUGAGGAGGCUGCCCUCGAGGAUGAAUAAAUGGGAGUGGUAUGAUCUUCAGAAGCAGUUCUUUAGCUAUGACUUGCCCCCUACACAUCGGUACACAGCGGUUUGCGACGGUUGCGUGCAAAUGAGCUCAUUGAUAUUUAUCUCAUUAUGUGUGACAAUGUCAGUACUGUUAUAAAUAAGUAUGUUGUCAUAGUUUGAAUAAUUUAAUUCUGUAUUUAUAAAUGUUAUGUUAACAUUAAUGUGUAUGUGUAUCAUGUAUGUAUUGCGUAGUUAUACGGUAUAAUAUACUUACUUAUUUACUAAUAAAACCAGCUU